CUCAUUCUCAGACCCUCAGCCUUGCUUAAACCAACUCGCAUUCGCAUUCAAUACCAAUCUCAGUUUACCACUGCCACCUAGCAAUCAUGACGAGCAUUUUCCUAUUCUGCACCUCCGACGUGCCGGCAAGCGUAUGAAAGCUCCGUUUUGUGAGACUAUCAAGUACAACUGACUUCUACUGUCACUAUCAGACGAUCAACCAAUUCAUGACAGAGUUCGCUGAAGCCAGCGAGGAUCCAAAUAUCUUCUGUCUGGUCCGCACUCCCGACCAAGAACAGUUCGAUGUGUGGGGCACCGAACCACCUGUGCAAGACUUCACAACAGGUUUCAAAAAUGCCCCUGAUUCUACUCUUCGCCUCUACACACAAAAUCGGCUCGACGAACUCAAGACUGCAGGCAAGGCCGGGGGACUAUCUCCUGGAUGGCUGGCUAAGCUCGACGAGCGAUCGCCGCGUGACUCGACCGUGGUUCUGCAGUACCGCAAGAUCAAAGCCAACUGGGCUCAGGCAUUGGAAGAUGCUGAAGAGCAGUUUCAUAUCCCCGGUCAGGCGGACGUUGAUGACCAGUAUAUCUGGUGGAAGUGGCGUGUGCCAUUUGCGGAUUCUUUCCAGCUAUUCAACAGCGUCGACGAUGGUAUGCCGGAUAUGAUUCGGCUGUUCACUCGACCUGAGUUUGUGGACUCGAAGGGCGUGCUUCAUGUAGAUGUCCCCCGUCAGAUCAUCAAGGGGGAGAUUCCGGACCCCAUUACGGAGAGUGCAAGCUGAGGGUUUGCCGGUCUACCUCUCAUAUCAACUUGCUGCUUAUCUUAACUCUGCUCAUCCCCCAUACAGCCAUGUAACAUAAAUCGGCCAUACAAUUGUCAAAACAUUCAAGACUCAAUGGACAUACUCCGUAGUCUUAGAUGGCCGUAUGGGAGUGGAUGGUGUGACGUGACAAAUCUUUGUGGCUGACGUCUCCAGCCUUAUGUCGACGUAAGGCAAUGUGGAUUGCCACAAACUUCAUUCUUGAUAACAACCAAGCAAUACCUGUG